AUGGACAACGAGCAAGCCACCUUUUGGCUGAGCCAGUUCAUUGGAAAGAACCUGCGCAUACACGCGAGCGAUGGCCGCGUCUUCGGGGGUCAAAUGAAAUGCACGGACAAGGACCGCAACAUUAUUCUCGCGCUGGCACAUGAGUACCGGGCUCCUUCGGCAGAGGCCAUUCGCAAGGCUGUUGAAGAGUCGGGUAACCAAUCUGCGUCUGUGGCCUGGAACAGCCGCUUUGUUGGACUAAUUGUUGUGCCGGGGCAGCAUAUCAAGAAAAUUGAAUUCGAGGAGAAUAUGCUGCCGGGACAGAAGAGUACGGUGGUUUUAUGA